AUGUGGAGCUCCGUUUGGCGUACGCUUUCUACCCGUCAAAUAGUGCCGGUGAGAAGUGCAUUCUUGUUAGACAGCGCUUGUUACUCACAGUACCGAGGAGUUGUAGCUUUGCGAAGCAAAAAACCCAAAUCCAGCAAUCCAACGACACAAUAUUUCAUCGAUUGUCGAAAUGUUCGCACCGUCGGUGGCAAGGGAGGUGACGGAUGCGUUUCUUUCCUGCGCCUGUGGUGCAACGAAAACGCCGGUCCCGACGGUGGCGAUGGAGGCAACGGUGGCCACGUGGUACUUCAGGCUACACAAGACGUAAAGGACUUUAACCACAUAACUGCGCUGCUCCGAGCGGACGAUGGCGACAAGGGAGCAACGAAAAGCUGCCACGGGAAGAACGCAAAGCAUACCGUCGUAAAGGUUCCCAUCGGAACCAUCGUAAGAAACGCUCUCGGGAAGAUCGUUGGUGAUCUGAACAAUGAUGGUGUGAUGUUCGUAGCCGCACGUGGCGGUGCCGGUGGGAAAGGAAAUAGUUUCUUCAAAAGUGACCUCGAACAGGCACCUCAGGUGGCGGAAUUCGGAGCAUCCGGUGAGGACACGGCUUACAUGCUGGAGUUACGCAGUAUGGCCCACAUUGGGUUCAUCGGGCUGCCAAACGCGGGUAAAAGUACGCUGUUGCGUGCAAUCAGUCGAGCACGUCCAAAAGUGGCCUCGUACCCGUUCACUACGCUAAAGCCUCACUUGGGCAUGGUGCAGUACGACGACUACGAGCAGAUUGCCGUUGCGGAUCUUCCCGGGCUGAUUGAGGGAUCGCACAAGAACAAAGGCCUUGGCAUAAACUUCCUUAAGCAUGCUGAGCGUUGCAAUGCGUUGCUUUUCGUAGUGGACGCGUCCGCAGAUGAACCUUGGCUGCACUACCAGACACUCAUGCACGAGCUGGGCAUGUUUAGUGAGGAGCUGUUGACUAGGCCACGAAUCAUAAUUGCGAACAAAAUCGAUCUCCCCGGGGCGGAUCGCAACGUGGAGCUACUAGCGCAUCACGUGGAUGUGCCGGUCAUUCCAAUCAGUGCUAAAAUGGGCACGAACGUGGCAGAGAUGUUGCACGAAAUUCGUGAGAUUUACGAGGCGAAUCGACAGCCACCACAAAAUGAUGAUUCCCCGCAGUCCCCAGAAGAUCAACGAUGA